CCACCGGGUAAACAAUUGUCCGGGCUUUGCUUCUUGUACCGACUUUGCGCACGCGUAAAAUACAUCGGUCGGGAUUUUGCACGUGCGCAGAACACAUCAGGAAUUACGCCACAUACCUGGUAGCAACAGGCAGCACUAACAUCAGAAAGGAUCGGCGUGUCUCUGCUGUCAGUAGAAAUAUGGCAACCUUUAGUAAAUACCUUACUGCGAAGAACACGUCCGUAGCAGGUGGCGUUAUGCUGCUGUUUUAUUUGCUAAAAUACAAAAGACGGACGAGAAAACAUGUCGGCAGUGAAAGGAGAGACUUAGAACCGGUGCUCAACACUGAGAAAGAGAGCAGAAAAGACCGUGCUGCAGUAGACAAGAUUUUCUUCACACGACUCCUCCAGAUUCUUCGAAUCUUGAUACCUCGUUUUUUUUGCAUGGAGACUGGAUACCUUAUCUUUAUCGCAGCAAUGUUAGUGGCCAGGACCUACUGUGAUGUAUGGAUGAUCCAGAAUGGAACUUCGAUUGAAAGUGCAAUUAUUGGCCGAUCAAACGAAGACUUCAAGAUGUUCUUGUUCAAGUUUAUGAAAUUCAUGCCAGUAAUUGCGUUGGUUAACAACUUUCUGAAGUUGGGCUUAAAUGAGCUGAAGUUGAGGUUUCGAGAAAGGCUCACAAAGAACUUGUAUGACCAAUACUUGCAAGGUUUCACCUUCUACAAAAUGGGAAAUCUUGACAACAGGAUAGCCAAUGCUGACCAGCUACUUACACAAGAUGUGGAGAAAUUCUGCAACAGUGUAGUGGACCUUUAUUCCAAUCUCAGCAAGCCUCUUCUGGAUAUAAUCCUAUAUAUCUUCAAGCUGACAUCUGCCAUCGGUGCCAAAGGCCCAGCUGCCAUGAUGGCUUACCUGUUGAUCUCAGGUCUGUUUCUUACUAGACUGAGGCGGCCAAUUGGAAAGAUGACGGUUAGUGAGCAGCGCUACGAGGGAGAGUAUCGCUAUGUCAACUCCCGCCUCAUCACAAACAGUGAAGAGAUUGCUUUCUACAAUGGAAACCAGAGAGAAAAGCAGACUAUCCAUGCAACAUUUAAGAAAUUGGUUGACCAUUUACAUAACUUCAUCUUUUUCCGCUUCACCAUGGGAUUUGUAGACAGUAUGAUUGCCAAGUACUUUGCCACUGUGGUAGGCUACUUGGUAGUCAGUCGGCCUUUCUUAAACGUCUCCCAUCCUCGACACAUGCACAGUUCACAGUCCGAGCUGCUGGAGGAUUACUACCAGAGUGGACGGAUGCUGUUGAGAUUGUCCCAGGCUCUGGGCAGGAUUGUACUGGCCGGAAGAGAAAUGAGCCGUUUGUCAGGAUUUACCGCGCGUAUAACUGAGCUCACGAAGGUCCUAAAGGAACUAAAUGCUGGUAAAUAUGAACGCACCAUGGUUUCCCAGCAUGAUAAAGAGUUGGAAACAGCAGAGAAGGUUGCGUUAGUGCCAGGAAGUGGUCAAAUUAUCAACAGAGACAAUAUUAUUAAGUUUGAGAACACCCCACUGGCAACGCCAAAUGGAGAUGUUCUCAUCAGAAACCUUACAUUUGAGGUGAGAUCAGGCACCAACGUUCUUGUGUGUGGACCAAACGGCUGUGGAAAGAGCUCACUGUUCAGGGUGCUUGGAGAGCUAUGGCCUCUGUUUGGAGGACAACUGACAAAACCUGAGAGAGGAAGGCUCUUCUAUGUUCCACAGAGACCCUACAUGACUCUGGGCUCCCUGCGAGACCAAGUUAUUUACCCGGACACUUACGAAGAUCAGAGGAGAAAAGGCAUUUCUGACCUGGUAUUGAAAGAGUAUUUGGAUAAUGUCCAGCUGGGACACAUUUUAGAAAGAGAAGCUGGUUGGGAUGUAGUCCAGGACUGGAUGGACGUCCUCAGUGGAGGAGAAAAACAGCGAAUGGCGAUGGCCAGGCUUUUCUACCAUAAGCCCCAAUUUGCCAUUCUGGACGAGUGUACCAGUGCAGUAAGUGUUGAUGUGGAGGACUACAUCUACAGCCACUGCAGGAAAGUGGGCAUAACUUUGUUCACAGUGUCCCAUAGAAAGUCUCUGUGGAAGCACCACAAGUAUUACCUGCACAUGGACGGGAGAGGAAACUACGAGUUCAAACCCAUCACAGAGGAAACAGUGGAGUUUGGAUCCUAACUGCCUCACAUUAGGCUCAGAUGCUGCACUUCUACUAUAAGACUUGCUCGCUCUUUCCUUGCACUCAAAAAAGUUGUAAACAUUUGUAAUUUAAACCAUCAUUUUGACAUUUUGAGAGGUGGCAAACUAAUGUUUUAUUUAAUUAAAAUUAAUCAAUUAAAAAUAAAAAUGUAGGAGUCCUUUCAUCAAUGACUCACUUGUAGAGUAGCUAGCCAAUUGUACUUCUUUUUUUUUUUUUGGUCAAGCAACCAUCUUUUAACAAUGAAGUAAAUCCUUAAAAAAAGUUAACAAAUGUCUAUAUGUCAGAUUUGCUGCUGAACAAUAAUAAUAUGUAGACUCUACCCUUUUUAAUUUUUGUAGUCAAGUUGUGAUUAAAGGAUGAAAUACC